AAGCAUGUUGAGGAAAAUUGAAAACGUCUCCCGGCGCCGCUCAGAGUCUCGAGCCUCUGAACUCUGAAGUGAAUUCAUCUUUUUUUCUGAAACAUUUGUGAAGUCCUCUGAAAAUGGACGAAGAGCUUACAGACGGGUAUAAAGAACCGUGUGGGCGGUGUGGAGCUGUUGCAUGGGCUUUAUCAGACGGCCUACAGUUCUUCUGCAAGAACUGCCACAACGUGAUUGAGAGAACUCAAGAAGUUGUGGAUGUAAGCACAUACCUCCUGAACAACAGGAUAUCCACAUUAUCGCGCUCCCGCAAGAAGACUGGUAGAGAAGGUGGACGGCAAUGGAUGGUAUGCGAAGGCUUUCAGUUCAUCCUUAAACAUCAGGCAGAAGCUCUGGUUGGUCUAGGUGUCUGUCCUCAGUUUAAGACAAACGUGUUAUGGGAUUUCUGGAAGCAAUACCUUCAGAAAACCAGGCAAGCUUACACAAGGGCACCAGUGAGCAGUACCAUGAAUCCGGUGGACCUAAGCUCUGAGAGUGAGCCUGAGUCUGCAUUUCUGAGUGAAGCGUCGGAUCUGAGCGGGCCUACCUCAGCCUCUGCAGAGUACUCCAGUGAUGGGAAAUCCUCAGUGUGCUCAGGAUCGCUAGAUGCUGCAUACUACUUUAAUGCAAAGGAGAGGAGAAGCCGCCAUCUCAUGAGCAUGCCUCGGACGCUGGCCCUGUGCCAUCUGGCCCUGCUGUGGCUGCGGGAGGCCAUUACGCUGGCAGACCUGCUCCGGUUAGUGUCCAAGGGGCUUGUCCCUUACAUUAAUGUCCAUGAGCAUUUCCCUGAAGAGAUGAAAUUUUUUGGCAGGGAUGCCUUGAUCUUUAGAGCUGAGACCAUCCCUUCCUACACUAAAGUGCACAGGGAGUCUCUGCACCUGGCUAAAGUUCUGCAGCUCUCUGCUUUCCCUCCUGUGUCUCAGAACUGCCUUCUGCACCCAGUCCUGCUCAGCCUUCGCUACCUGAUGGAUGCUAACCUCCCUUACAAACUUCAUUCACUGCUAUGUCAAGUAAUAGAGAAAACAGCCAUGGGGAAAGACCACUUCCUGACAUUUGACCCUUCUGGGUCGAAGUCUAUUCUUCUGUGCUAUGACCUUCAGGCAGCAGCACUAAUCAUCGUGACAAUGAAGCUUCUCUUCAAAUUGGAUGAUCAGGCGGAGUGGAGUUUGUCCAGGAAAGCAAAGAAAAAAGAACAAGACAACGAUCAAGACAAGAAAGAGGAGUCCAAGCAAGGCAACAAGAUGUUUUGUUUGAGAAGCUGGUAUAUGAUUGUGCAGCCUGCACUGGAGCAAGCCAGGAAGAGAGAGGAGCUUGUCGAGGCCAAGCGACAGUGGAAGUCCAAGAAGCCAGUCAUUGCAUCUAUGAAACACAAGACUGUGGUCCUAAAAAGAAGACGUGUGGUUGAGCAGCUGCAGAGCAGUUUCUGCACUCUGGCUGGCUCAGAUCCAGAGCAGCCUUCUUCCCCAUCCAGCUUCCUCUUCCUCUGGGGAAAGGAGAAGGAGGCAGACGGACCCAGCCUCCACAAUAAGCACCUCAGCGGCAUGCUGGUGAAAGAGGGAAAAGAAAAGCUGCUUGUCAAUAAAAAAUACUGGCACACUGACUUCAAGCACUGUCAAAAACGAAGCUGUUGGUUCCAUUUUCCUGACCUGGAGCCCACCCUGCCCAGGAUGUACGUGUGGGUUCUGGGGCUUUUCUCUUUCCUGCUCGGGGUCAGCAAGGCAGAGGUGCACAAGGAGGUCGUAAAGGUGGAGCAACGAUUAAUUUUAGGCAAAACUGUGCCUGAAAAAGAUACAAAUGAACCACAAAGAAAAAGGAAGAGGACAGCACAUCCUGUGUGAUCUAAACAACGGUGGGUUUUGUUCAGUACAAGUGAUGAAUCACUGCUUGCAUAUGUGCCUUAUGAGGUUGAUGUUGCAAACUGAUUGUUUUUUUUUAACAGGACAGUCUCUGUCUCUGUGUUUCAUAAUAGUCUUUAUCACUAAGACUGUUCUGAAUCCCCUGUUAUUGAAAUUAAUGUUUGAACAGUUGAGGAUUUGCGUGGAUAUUUCAUAUUUAGAGAAAGACUUUUUGAAUGCUGUCUUUUUAUAUAUGCUGUGCCUCUUUGUUUCUAUUUGUAGAAGUUUGGACACUGACAGAAAAGAUAGUAAAGAACCUGCCUUUCAUUUAAUUGCUAGGCAUACUCUAAGGCAUACUUAUAAAUAAAGGUUACCUGAAGCGUUCUUGGCCUAGAAGUGCAGUUUAAGAAAAGUCAUUUGAUUGAUAUAGAAUCUUCAGAUGAUGUUGUUGGUGUUGAUGGUGUUUCUUCUGCAUAUCUUCUGUUUGUGUUUUGAGGCUUUUUAAUGACUCUGAUUGAGUCUGCCUCGCUGCUGGCCAUCCUUAUUCUCUUACCUUCAACUGCUCCAAGCAUAAUUUUAUUUUUCAAUAAAUUGGUUCUUCUUAUGAUAUGUCCAAAAUAAGAUUUAAGACAUAAAAAUAAAAUUACUUUUAUUUAUCUGGUCUUAUCUGGUGCCUGUCUCUUUUUGAAUUGACUAUGAUAUUUUACUGCUGGUUUUUUAAUCGUUUAAUGGUUUAGCACCUUCAUACAUUUCUGAGUACCUGAUAGAUUAUGUUCCAAAUUAAGCUUUAAGCUCAUCUAGUGUGAGAUCUGGAACACAUUACCUAUAACCAUCAGUCAGGCUCCUUCUGUCAGUCUUUUUAAAAAAAGUUAUUUUUUACUUUGGUGUGU